AUGUCGUCGAUGGUAUGCCGCCCAAUUGUUCCCGACACGAAAUCGUUGAAAUCGAUCAAGACGAAAAAACCAGCGCCGCUUAGAAUAUCGACUGUGCGCGAUUUGGUUCAUGACGCUGUCGAGUCGCUUGUCGUUGGCGAUGAUAAGCUCCGCAAAAUGAUGCAAUGCAUGGAAAAGUCGAUGGAAUAUGGUUUGUCGCGCUCGCAUGGCGCCGCUGUCAAAAUGCUGCCGACGUUCGUUGACGCGGUUCCAAAUGGCACCGAGCGUGGUGACUUUCUCGCCCUCGAUUUGGGUGGCACCAAUUUCCGAGUGCUCCACAUUCUGCUCACCGAAAAGGAAGCGACGAUGACCGGAAAAAUUUUCCGUGUGCCUGAGAAUAUCAUGCGAGGGAGCGGCGAAGCACUUUUCGAUCACAUCGCUGAGUGUAUGGCCAAGUUUAUGGAAGAGAAUGGAUUGAAGAAGGACGGAAAGGCGAUCAAAUUGCCGCUAGGUUUCACCUUCUCAUUUCCGUGCGAGCAAGAUGGUCUCACGAAAGGAAAACUCAUCAAUUGGACGAAGGGAUUCAAUGCGACCGGUGUCGAAGGAUCCGACGUUGUUACACUUCUCCGCGAAGCUUGUCAGCGACGUAAAGACAUUGACAUUGACGUCGUCGCGCUUCUGAAUGAUACUGUUGGAACCUUGAUGGCCUGUGCAUUCCAGGAGAACACAUGUCAGAUUGGUGUUAUUGUUGGAACUGGCACAAAUGCCUGUUAUAUGGAACGAAUGGACAGGAUCCCGAAACUCGCCGGAUAUAUCGAUGAGCAUGGGCAUACACCUGAUGAGAUGAUCAUCAACACUGAAUGGGGAGCAUUUGGCGACGACGGCUCGAUUGAAUUUUUGCGAACAAAAUGGGAUCGAGAAGUCGAUGAGAAGAGCAUCAAUCCUGGCAGGCAGCUGUACGAGAAGAUGAUCUCCGGAAUGUAUAUGGGCGAAGCUGCGCGUACUGUGUUAGAGGAUUUGGCUCGUCAAGGCCUCUUAUUCGGCGGCGACUACGAAGCCAUUUCGCAAGCGCAUUGCUUCCCAACAAAAUUUGUUUCCGAAAUUGAAACUGAACUUCUUGGAGACGAUGACCAUGGAUUCCAGAAGACGUGGCAAAUUCUCGAAGACAUUGGAAUCAACACGAUUUCGAAUAAUGAUUGCGCGAAUGUUGCAUAUGUGUGCAGUCUGGUUUCGACGCGUGCUGCCUAUCUCACAGCUGCCGGAAUCGCCAUGCUUCUGAAUAGAAUGAAGAAGGAUCACGUGACAGUUGGUGUCGAUGGAUCAGUGUACCGAUUCCACCCGACAUAUCCGAAAUUGUUAGAUUUGAAGAUCUCGGAUCUGAUCAAGCCGGGAAUCGGGUACAAACUCAUGUUGUCCGAAGACGGAUCCGGCCGCGGAGCAGCUCUCGUAGCCGCCGUCGCUACGCGAAUACGCGAGGAGAAGUUGGCGAAUGCCAGGAAUUAG